UUAACCUAACCUCUCCCUGAUCCGGCUGCUAGUUUAUUUAAAUCCUUAAGCAAAACAAGAGGUUUCACUUUCACUGCGACAGCAAUACAGCAGCACCACUGCUCUGUGAGGAUCCCAGGGCAACUUGCUACUCUAUGUUACACCUCCUACUACAGCCUUUCACAGUGCCAGAUGACGUUGGGCCGCACAUGCUCCUGCGACUUAUUAGUCAGCUAUCACCAAAACAGUGUGAGGAUCUUCUAUUGGAUAUUACAGAAUCACUAGGUCAACGCAGGGAAUACGACAAAGACAAAUGUCCUGGCAUUCUGAUGGAACUCCUUGACCAACUAGGAGACAUGUCCUGGGAUAUAUUUUCUGAUGCCCUGUAUGACGUAACACGUAAUGAUGUUUCUAAAGCUCUUGGAAAGUCCUUCAAUAAGGGCAAGGCCUCGCUGAUGACGGAUGAUGCCAAAGGCUAUGCUGAAGGCUAUCAUAGGCGAAAGAGAGGGCUCAAGACCUUCAUAAUACCAAAAGGUGCAAGACUGGAGACAUCUGGAGCUAGAGUCAACAAGAGAGACUUGAACAGCCUUGAAGACGAGGAUUUGAUUGUUGAUAGAGAACAGCAGUCAUAUAGCCGUCCCCUUACUGCAUGGUGCCACCCAUUGAUCUAUUGGAUGAUCUUUGGGUUCUUCGGAGCUGCUGUACUAAUUGCUGUUAUCAUCUUGGUCAUCGUUAAAAGCAGUGAUGAUGAAGAGACAGAUGAAGAACAUUCUGUUUUGUCUGUUUGACCAGCUUACAAUAAAUUUGAAUAUUUUACACCA